AUGCUGUCGACACCACAGAAGGUCCUUCGUGAUACGCUAAGAGAGAGGGUCGACUCUUCUAGCAGCAAAGACGCUAGCUCCCAUCCAGACAUCGACGACAACAACAACAAUAACAACAUCAACAACAACCACGUCGACGAAUCAUCAACAGACGAAGACGACGAUCGCGGAAUGGAGAUGCGAAGGGAGGCACUGAGACAACGGGGGAGGGAGAGCUAUGCGAAGCGGAAAGAAUCGUCGACCGUUGGCACAAACACAGCGCCGGUUAUCACCCGUGGCAGCCGGAGGACUGGGGCAAGCGAAAGUUUCAUGGAUCGUAUCAAUGCCAUUAGCAACGAGGACGAUGACGAUGAUAACGAUGACGAUGACGGUGAAGAUAUAUUUUUCAACGAAUCUAGGUCAAAGUUACGGCCCGAUAACGAAAAGAAGCCCCCCCAACCGAGAAAGAAGCGGAAACCCGAUACUGGCAACGGGGACUCGGCGUAUAUUCCUCCCCACGAUGAUGAGGCUUCAGAAACGGAGGAGGAUGAGCCCUACCUUGAGCCGGAACCAGGUUCUGGGAAGAGGAAGGCUUCAUCAAGCCAGCGUCCCCCAAUGGAUUCGUCCCCCCAAUUGCCAAUGCGGCAGACGUCUCCAUCGAGGACAAAGGCAACACGCGUAAAUUCAACAUCAACGACAGGCACGGUUGUCAGCAGAUUCAAGGAAGGGAGCAUGAGGAAUCGCGCUAGUGUCGUCCCGCCAGUAGAGAUUAUCGGGAAGCUCCCGUCCUCAUCACCACCACCACGGACUGAUGAUAUGCCAAACGGCAUAGGAGGGGAAUCGAAUGUCUUUAGUUUUGGUAGUGGUACAGAGAAACCUGGGGCCGAGGCUAUGGCGGCGGCGGCGGCGGCGGGCAAUCAUAAUAAUGAUGGGUCAUUUACGCUUGGUGGAAUGGCUUCAUUGAUCCCCUUCAACCCCUUCAAGUUUGUUAAAGGUAUCAAGGAGUCAUGGGAUCGACAGAAACGUUUCCAGGCGGAAAGAGAGCAGCAGAAGAAGGAGCUAAGAGAACGGAGAAUCAAGGGAUUGCUGGCCUACGAAGAAUUUAAAAGAAUGGGUGCAUUACAAGGAUACGCCGGGAACGCUGCAGCAGUCAUGGGAGCUCAAAGCAAGGCUAAAAACAGUGCUUCAUCAUUGGGGCCGAUCAGAGUAGAACGCGACCAAAUUGGAAGGGCCUUCAACACUGAUCAGCAGAGUAGUCCAUUAGCCAGAAACAAUUCAAAGGUUAGAAGGAAGAAAAAAUCAACCAGGACACCGUCAGUUGGGGUCGACGCCAGCAUGACAGGAAUGGCACAGAGCUUUUGCGAGGGUCGUGAGUCCUACGUUGAUGAACAUGGUACCCUGCACAGAUACAGCGUAGAUUCCAAAUACAUGAGUCCUCAAGGAAGCUUCAACAGAAGAAUGAGCACGUCCAAGCCCAUCACACCGAAAACCGGUGCAAUGGGACCACCUCCCCCAAUUCCAUCAUCAUCCAGAGCUAAUGGUGGUGACUUUGAGGAUGCGAGAAUCCUCCCUAAAAAGAAGAGCAGUGUUUUCUCCGUGUUCGGGGGCCGCAGCGAGGAUAGUAAAGAACUACAGAAGCUGAAGCGCCAGGAACAUCUCCAGAAGAAGGGUCAGUGUCAUGUCAGCACGCGAAUCGGCAAUGUCCCUUCGAUGAUGUCCGACGAGACCGACGAAGGGGACAAAACCGAAGUAGAUGAUGACCACGCCGCUCCUCUCUCGCCCCUCGCCAAUGCAGGUAGCAUCGGUGGUAGUUUUAUGGCAAAAACAGCAGGAAUGACUAUUGUGGAGAAUUCGGAUGAGCAAGCACAGCAGCAGCAGGCUGGAGAACCGGUCUUGCCUGACAUCCCACUUCCUAAAAAGGCCCCGAAAUCAAGUCUAAGCGGAAGGAGAAGGGUUAUAUCUAGCUCGGCGGCUGGUUCUAGCAGCGCUUCUGCCACUGCCGCUGCUUUGAAGCAUCAGGGGUCGAUGCCUGCGAUAUCGAGAGUGAGGAAGGGAUCAUCAAAGGUGGAGGCCAUACCUCCAGUGCACAAGUUUACGAAUGGUGGAUAA